AACUUCAACAACGGCAAAGGCAGAGGCUGGGGACAGGACUAAAUCUGUUUCCUUGAAAAGCAAGCAACAGGGUAGUACCACAGCUGAAAAGAAGAUUAAUGGCGGUUCAGAUUCUUUGCAUGAGACCCAACAGAAACCAGCAGUGACAUCAAGCAUGGUGAAAGAGGGUUGCUUGGAAAGCACUCAACAAGGUCUUGCGGUUCCCGAAAAGAAGAUUAAUUCCGAUUCGGGUUCUUCCCAUAAGAGUGUGCAGAAACGUACAACGCCGGCAUCAACAAAUGCAGCACAUAUCCAGGAUGAUAAGAUGGUGGCCGGAGAAAGUAAGAAACCAGGGCCACUGAAGGUCAGAGUCAUCUGCGGCGGACGAGACUUCAGUAAAGAAAUAGGGUUCCCAAAAUCUCUUCAUCUUGGAAGCAUGUCAAGAUCAAUCUCAUGUUCAUAAGUGAAGACCAUGCCCCUCUUGAAAUCUAUUGCAUGCAGUGCCACCUCUGAGUCCCCUUGUUAUGUAUAUGUUUUCCAGUUCAAGAAUUCAUUGGUUUAUGUUGAGACUGACUAUAAUACCCUAGUUAUUUUGUAGAGAGAUAAUGAAUUUGAAUGAAGGCUUAAUGAUGAUUUUUUUAUUGCACAAUGUCACAGUUCUUUUGUUUUAGUUGUAAUUCAGAUGUUCUGUUCUAAUCAAGGUUUUAAAAACCG